UAAUAACGAAAGACGUUUACCGAUAAAGUUAGUUACUCGUGGUUGACUGAAAAAAUGCAUUUUGUACAUAGAGUACUGGUUCAUUUAAAUACAGCAAAUUGUUAUCAUCUAGUGACGAAUUCGUAGCGGUAUAUUUAAAAUUCAAUUGCAGUCAAUUUUAGACGAUCAUAUGGAAUACAUGAUAAUUUUUCUAUCUCUAAUUUGUGAUCGUCUAAUUCUAUGAUAAUUACAACUGAAUUCAAAUUUCGAUAAUGAAUUGUUUCCGAAAUCUCGAAUUAAAGUGGCAUAAACUGGUGUAAAAAAACAUAUGACUGUUAGUUGACAAGUACUACUUAUAUACAUUUCAAACCAGUUCUUAGAUAUUUUGAAAAAUGACUUUAAUGUCAAGAGAAGAAAUUAAUGUUAGACGACUUUUAGCAAGAUGCGAAUUAAUGGCAAAAGAUGAUCCACAUAAAGAUUGGAAACUUGAAAAGUAUAUACUUGCUUUAGAUGAUAUGAUAAAGCAACUCCAAACAUUACCCAAUAAACCAUCUAAAGAUACAUUGAUGAGUUAUAUUACGAGAAUAGAUUUCUUAAAAGGAUUAAUAAAUACCACAAAACUCACAAAUCCAGUUGACAGAGUAGUAGCAGUACAAAUGUUAUCAAAAAAUUCUGUAACAUUCAACGAUUCAUUGAGCCCAAACAUAACAACGCAAAUACAUCAGAAAACUUCAGCAAAAUAUAAUAGAGAAUUACGAAACGAAUUAUUUUAUACUGAUAAAGGGUCAUUGGAAGAUGGUGUAAGACAAAGAUUAUCUAGUACAAGUAUGCAAGAUGAUGAUUUAGAUAUGCUUUUAAAAUACAACAGAAAUAUUCAAGAGAAAAUUGCAGAGAAUAUGCUUUCAAUGACUAGUAGCAUGAAAGAACAUGCUUUAGCAGCAAACGCUAUUAUAAAAAAAGAUAUCAGUUUACUUGAAAAAUCUGAUAAGCUAACCGAUUUAAAUACAGCUAAAUUAAAAACAGAAUCAUUAAAACUGCAAGAACAUACUUCAUCGCACUGGCGAUGUUGGAUGUGGGUGAUGAUAGCAUUUGUUUUAGUUGUAUUUUUCAAUAUGGUAUUAUUCAUAAAGGUUGCAAAAAAGAGGGUUUAGGUUUUAAUACAUGGGUCAAUGUAUAUAAAAUGUAUUUAAAAGAAUGUAACUCAAUUCUGUUUCUGUCAGUAAAUAAAUCUUUGAGGCGACUUUAUAACCCUGUAU